UUCAUUUUCUGAUGUAUCUCAUGUUCAGACUAACAAAACCUCCACACGUUUGAUACAAAUAACUCCAGCACAGUGGUUUUUAAUCGCUGAGCUCUUGGUUUUGCCAAGUUGGUGCUGACAUGAGGAGGCAGCUCUCCUCCGUGUGUUUACUCUGCUGCUCUGCUUCCGAGACUGCAGGUACAAUGGUCGGUCAUCAGCGGCUCCCCUGGACUAAUAACUCAACACAAGGAGCGAUCUCAGUGACGUCAGCCAAGCAGGAACAGGAAAUAACCUCAGGUUUCCUCCGCACCUGCCGCCGCCUCUGUCCGCUGGUCGGUCUCUCUACACUGUGUUUGUCGCUGCUUGCGACCUGUGCUGCACUUUCUGUCCUGUAUUCCAAUGAGUCAGACACAAAGCCUGAAUGGAAAAGCCUCUUUGAUUACCAGAACAUGAGCGACAGCUACCUGACUCUCACUAAAGCAAACACAGACCUGAAAAAAGAAAAUGAAAUCUUAAAGGAGCACAGUGCCCGGCAGGGCGAGCAGACCAAGCUCCUCAACAGGACUUCAGUCAAACUCAGGUCCAUCAGUUUUGCUUUGAGUUUGGAAAACGGCGAGUUAAAGGAGCAAAUUGUGAAUCUGACGUCUACAAACAUACAGCUGAUGAAAGAACACGAACAACUGGUCCAGUACAAGUCUGAGCAGGAGGAACGGAGGCUGAACGUGUCUCAAACUAUCAAAUAUCUGUUCAGCUCCAACUCUCAGCUCCAGGAGGAGAAACGCCGACUGUCUGAGGCCAACAACCUCCUGAGGGACGAGCUGUUUCAACUCAAGGAAGAGAAUCAACAACUAGUGGAAAUAAGCGACAAGCGUCAGGAAGAAAUUCAAAAUCUAAGUAAGAAGAUUGAAGCUUUUUCAAAGGAUGACUGUGAAAAGCUUGAGGUGGAAGUGACACAGCUUCAAGAGCAAAACCAGAACCUGAGUACGAUGCUGGGGAAAGAGAGGCAGGAAGCAGCGGAGCAGGAGAGAAGCAGGACACAGGAGAUGGAGCAGAUGGUGGCGGACGUACAGUCGAUGAGCGAGGCCUACGACUCUUUAGACCUCUACUGCCCUGUGGUUAAUCAGAGGACCAAAGAGCGGAUUUGCAAAAAAUGCCACGACAGCUGGAGACAGUUUGAGACAAAGUGCUACUACUUCUCCUCUCGCGUGCUGAGCUGGAGCUCCAGCAGAGCCUGGUGCCGGACACAAGGGGGCGACCUACUCAUCAUUAACAGUGAACAAGAGCAGAACUUUGUUUUUGAUGCCAGUCGGGCCCUGGAGCAGUCCGGCACCAGGCUGUGGAUCGGUAUGACUGAUGCAGAGGACGAGGGUGACUGGCGCUGGGUGGAUGGCAGCAAAGUCACUUCAGAUGUAAAGUAUUGGUUAAGCAGACAAGGAAUGGGGACUGAGCCUGAUGACUGGAAGCUGGACGACCCUUCAGGAGAAGACUGUGGACACAUAGACACCAGUGAAAGUGCGCUGAGGUCCUGGAUGGACGGCUCCUGUAACAUACCUUACAGGUGGAUCUGCGAAAAGAAUGCUUAGAU